UUCAAUUUGCCCUCUUGCUACUCGUGGCCGUCACCGGUGUCGUCUCGGUGCGCACCUGGCCUCGUCCCUCCCGGACUUUGGUCCGGCGCCAAGGCGUUUCCGCCGGGAAUCCGGUUUCUCGUGAUCGGUGCACAACAAACGCGAAGCGAAUGGCGCAGGGCCUUCCUCCUCUCCCGCCAAAUCAGAUCUGGGGUGGGGCUUCUGGUGGCUCCCACGCAUCGCCUUCCCCAUCGGCUAGGGCGGCGAAAUGAAAAUCGCCAGGUAUAUAGUAUUCUAGAUUACACGGGGUUCCCGAAAUUAAUAUCUCUUUGUUGAAAGAAUCCAGGACGUUUCCCUCUAUCAAAAC